AUGGCUUCGCCUGUUGACAGUUUCAAAACGAGUCUUUUUGGACAAUUGAAAACGUUCAGCACUGGUGUUCAAGGUGCAUUUGAGCAACGCAUCGCUCGUCCACUGAUUGCAUUGAAACGUGAUCUUGAACGAUCAUCAUCGAAAACGCGUACGUCGUCCGACCAUGAUUCAGGUUCAUCCUCCCAAGAUACUACAUUUGUGACCCGUCAAGAAACAUUAUUAUCAUCAUCACCACUUGAGAUUAUUGAUUUCGAAACAAGUAAUCCAGUUAGAAGCAUUCUAGAUAAAAUCAAAAGCACCGUUUCAAUACCAGUUGAACGCAAGAUUUCCGGUGAUUGUUCGACUGAUGUGACGUUAAAUAAUGCUCAACAUUCAUUACUGGAUAAGCCGUCAUUAUCUCAUCACAAAAGUGUGUCAUUUGCUGGCUGUAAUCAAUUUGUGAAGGAAGGCGAAGGAAGCACGGAUGAACCCGCGAAUCAGACAAAUAAAAAUGACUGUGAGACGGACUUCGAUCAACAAUUUCGUCGAAUGUUCAAACCUCGUCGGAUCUCGCUUAGUGAUAGCGAAGAACUCGUUUACCAAGAUCUCUCAGCAGAAAUUGUUGGUUACGUACUAAAACACGCUCUACGAAUGAUUGAAAAAGAAGAAGAUGAAAAGUUUGAACAAUCUCAAAAUGACUCAGUUACGGAACAAGAUAGAGAUACGAUCGAUUUGAAAUAA